AUGACAGAGCACCAGUUUAUGAGGCUGCAGCCCAUUGAGCCCGUCCCUCGCUUGAGUGCGCUGCAGCAAUUGCCAUAUUCUGAUUCUCGACUACUUUCAGCCUACCCCGGGGGUCACAAAAGUGUAUACUCUUCAAGUAUAGAGUCGGGUCACUUUUUUUCUCAUGUCGGACAUCAUAUUCGUAACCGCUGCAACUGCAACUCCAACUGCAACUGCAUCUGUCUUGGCUCUCAUCGUAGCACCAGUCCUCGGCCCCAGCGAUCGCCGCUGCCACUGCCGUCGCCUCUACUGCCACCGCCACCCUACUCCAUCCCCCUUGCAUCCCUAGCGCCGCAACCGCCACCGCCCUCCCCCACAUCUCCCUCAACCUCGUCGUCUCCCCACCGUCCGCCGCCCUGUCCCCCAGACCGACCUCCGCCGCAGUCCCCUGACCUCGGCCCCCUCUCUCGCCGGUCCGCGGCCGCCGUCGCUGAUUGUUUCCGCGCGGAUCCUGCCGCGCUGCGCAAGGCGGCGGAGCGCCGAGAGCCGGCGACGGGGAGGGCGGGGCGUGGCGGGGCUCCCAAGCGACCCGGCGUCGCCGCAUGUGCUCUGGGACACGACCCGCCCCCGCGCCAGCGCCUCGUCGACAAGCGUGUUAAACCAACGCCGCACCUGGAGACUUGUGGCGACGGGGGAUUGUUGGCGCUGCUGCUGCGAUACCUCGAAGGGAGUCAUAACGAUUUACCAUGGAAUGUUCGGAAAUUUGUGCACAACCAAAUAUUGACAUUCAACUUCACGGCAGACUUGAUGAAAGUGGAUCCGUGGGCCAGGAGCAACUGGUCCCACACUGAUCUCCCUCGGCUACGUCGCGGCAUGGUGGGCGGCCAGAAUUAA